UCCAUCAGGUUGGCCUGUCCCCCGGGCCACCCUCACAUCUCAGCACCGUCUUCUUCCCACGGCCAGCCCGACGUCUUUUGACGAAGCGUCGAGGCUGCUACAACUCUCUCCUCGACGUGCUGCGAGGUUGAGGACCCGGGCGGGGCCAUGGAUCCGAUGGACUACACCAUGGAUGAGGGGCAGAACGAGCAACCCCCGAAUACCGCACCCAACUGCCAAUACCACCCGCCGGAUCAGUCGUCGAACCCAAACCUCUUCCCCCCUCCCUCUCGGGAUGCACACCGUUACGAUCCCGUCCACAACACGGACUCGUGGUACCAGCCCGAACGGAGCGGGGGCCAGAAUCGACCUCAGUUUCCCGUCCCGCAAAACAUCCCGCAGUGGAAUCCAGGCUCGUAUACCCACAUUGAUCCCUGGCAAGCCUUCGGUGGUGAAGCUCACGCAGGUGAUCGAGGCUCCGGCUUGUCGGAUUACGGUCCUCAGACGAGAUUUAUGGGCAUCUCGCACUCGACAUGGAACGGUAUGCGGGGUUACGAGCCAUUAUCGUUUGGCUACACUUCUUACAUGAAUGCACCAAACGCAAAUGCGGCGCCAGUUGACACCUCGAACGGGAGAAACGCUUCAUCCGGUCUCAUCUCUUCAGCUACUGCUUCUGCAAUGCCCCAGCCAGAUAUCUCGGCUCUGCAGGCCGAAUAUGCUCGACGGGCAACUCGACCAGAUCCAUCCCCCUCUUCAAACACUUCUCCAGAGAAUCAUAAUUAUUCGCAGCGAGCGAGGGCCACGAGAACCGCACGAGAGGAAAGAGCAGCAUUACAAGCAUCUAACUUGUCACGAUCUCUUGACUAUCAUCGUGCCUACGGAGCUCCAGACCUUUCCAAUGUCAAUCAACGGGACGCUACAGGUUGGGAAUCCGAUGAUGACGAUGAUGCCGGCGCAGACCCCGAAGUGGCGAGCUAUCGUCGUACUUCCCAACAUCUAUUUGACGAUUAUGACGAUGAGAGGGCCUUGGCAGCUAUGCGUGGAGCCCUUGCAGCUGGGAAAAAGAUCCCCUCCAAGGAGGCCUUAGCUUCUCUGGAGAAACUGGCCAUCAAGGAUCUUAAGGAAGGUGAUAAAUGUAAGUGCUGAUGCAAAUCCCACAAUUCUCUUAUAGGCAAUUUUGAACAUGACCCCCUGGAGCCGCGUUCUCCCCUUCAUCAAAUACGAUCUUUCGAGAGACAAGUGUAGUCUAGGUUCUAGCCAAGAUUAAUCUUCAUGAUGUAUAUCUUGAUUC